UGAGUCUUAGCAAUGAUUUGUUUUCUAUACACACUCUUGCUUUUUCAUCACUUUAGCACAAAGGCAGAAAAUACUUAUUGCAAAAUAAUGGGGGACCCCAAAUACCCGCUGCUAUCAAAGGAUGGAGACAUAACUAUUGGAGCAAUUUUUCCACUACACACUAAAGAAACAUUACCUUCAUUCGAAUUCACACAAAAACCUCAGUUUCUAUCAUGCUCCAGCGUGAGUCCUAGAGAUUUUCGGUUGGCUCAAACCAUGAUUUUUGCAAUUGAGGAGAUUAACAGGAAUGAAAGUUUUCUUCCAAAUGUUUCUAUUGGCUAUAGAAUCUAUGAUAGCUGUGGUUCGAGACUGUCCUCUGUAAGUGCAAUUAUGGCACUAAUGAACGAUCAGGAGUUUGCAGCAGGGAGCAGAUGCAAUGGACAGUCUCCUAUUCAUGCAAUUAUAGGGGAAACAGAGUCUGCCACAACAAUUAUUCUGUCUAGAACCACAGGACCUUUUAAAAUUCCAGUGAUAAGUCACUCAUCUGCAUGUGAGUGUCUCAGUAAUAGAAAAGAUUACCCUUCAUUCUUCAGGACUAUUGCUAGUGAUUAUUACCAGGGCAGAGCACUUGCACUCUUGGUAAAGCACUUAGGCUGGACUUGGGUUGGAGCUGUGAACAGUGACACUGAAUAUGGAAACAAUGGAAUGGCCAUAUUUCUGAACUCAGCCAAAAAGGAGGGGAUUUGUGUCGAGUACUCUGUUAAAUUUUACAGAACAGAGUCUGAAAAACUACAAAAAGUGGUAAAAACAAUGAGGCAGGGCACAGCAAAAGUGGUUGUUGCAUUUCUUGCAUUUUUUGAGACUGGGUUACUAAUUGAGCAACUAAGUAUUCAGAACAUUACAGGCAUACAAAUGAUUGGAGUGGUCGGAUGGACAACUUCAAAGAAUUUAAUAACUCCUAACACAUUUCAUGUGAUGGGAGGGUCAUUAGGGUUUGCUUUGAGAAAACUCCAUAUUGAAGGAUUUUCUGAUUAUGUUAAUAAAUCAUUUUGGAAAACAGCUUUUCCAAAAUGCUCACAAAGAGAUGGUAAUUAUUCUCAAGCUGAAUUAAACUGCAGCAGAUAUCAGGAUCUAUUUGUGCUAAAAAAUUACAAUGAAGAUGUGUCUGAACAAAGAUUUUCAAGCAAUGUAUACAAAGCAGUGUAUGCUGUGGCUUAUGCACUAUACAGUCUGCUGAAGUGCAAAGAACAAGACAUUUGUGAAAAAGCCCUGACAAUAAAACCACAACAGGUUGUUGAAGCUCUUAAAAAAGUAAAUUUCACAGAUAAAUUUGGAGAUCGUGUGUGGUUUGACAGCACUGGUGCUACAGUAGCCCAGUAUGAAGUUGUGAACUGGCAGAAGGACUCUGAUGGAUCAUUUCAGUUUAAAGCAGUGGGUUACUAUGAUGCCUCACUGCCCCCUGACCAGCGCUUUUUCAUUAACACUGAAAACAUAAUAUGGGCUGGAGGACAGCGAGAGAAGCCAAGGUCUGUGUGCAGUGAGAGUUGUCCUCCAGGCACUAGGAAGGCUGCACAGAAAGGAAGACCUGUCUGCUGUUAUGACUGUAUUACAUGUGCAGAUGGAGAAAUCAGUAAUGAGACAGAUUCAAAUAACUGCCAGCAGUGUCCAGGGGAAUACUGGUCUAAUACUGAGAACACUGAAUGCGUGUUAAAGGCUGUAGAGUUUCUGUCAUUCACAGAAGUUAUGGGUAUAGUGUUAGUCUUUUUCUCUCUGUUUGGAGUAGGAAUAACUGUACUGAUGGCCAUCCUGUUUUACAGUAAGAAGGACACUCCCAUAGUAAAAGCCAACAACUCAGAGCUGAGCUUCCUGUUGCUCUUCUCAUUGAUUCUGUGUUUUCUCUGUUCACUUACUUUCAUUGGUCGCCCCACUGAGUGGUCCUGUAUGUUGCGUCACACAGCUUUUGGGAUCACUUUUGUCCUCUGUCUCUCCUGUGUUCUGGGGAAAACAAUAGUGGUGUUAAUGGCAUUCAAGGCCACACUUCCAGGAAGUAAUGUUAUGAAAUGGUUUGGGCCUGCACAACAGAGACUCAGUGUUUUUGCCUUUACACUCAUACAAGUUCUUAUCUGUGUGCUUUGGCUAACAAUAUCUCCUCCUUUUCCUCAUAAAAAUAUGAAAUAUUAUAAGGAGAAGAUCAUUCUUGAAUGCAGUCUGGGUUCUACUAUAGGUUUCUGGGCUGUGUUGGGUUAUAUUGGCCUACUGGCUCUCCUUUGCUUCAUACUGGCUUUUCUGGCCCGGACGCUGCCUGAUAACUUCAAUGAAGCUAAAUUCAUCACAUUCAGUAUGCUCAUAUUCUGUGCUGUAUGGAUCACAUUUAUCCCAGCUUAUGUCAGUUCACCUGGAAAAUUUACUGUAGCUGUGGAAAUAUUUGCCAUUCUGGCAUCAAGCUUUGGUUUAUUACUUUGCAUAUUUGCACCUAAAUGUUACAUCAUUCUGUUUAAGCCUGAACAAAAUACCAAGCAACAUUUGAUGGGAAAAACACAAACUAAAUUCUACUGA